AUGUGGAGAUCCGCCUUCCCCACGGCCGCAGUGGCCGAUCUAUCACUGCUCCAAACUGGCCGGUGUCUAAGCUGCCAAUUCCGCAACCCGGCGACUCUCACACGCCUCCGGACCACGCCUUUCGCUGCGCGUCACUAUUCCAACAAGCCCGAAACUACAAACGACACAAAAGACCCAGUCCCCGUGCUCCGAAACAGAAAGGACGAGACAAAAAGUCGCCUCACCAGUGCCAUUGAAUUUAAACAAAAUCCCGCCGCUCAAGAUGGCCCCCAGCCCGGCGACGCAGACUUCGUCCCUCCCAGCUUGGACCGACCAAUUGGUAGUCCAGAGCCACCACAAGAAGGCCAGAAUACCGGUGUGGACCCGCGCUCCAUGCGCCAGCGGCGCGACGAUUUUACCAAUUAUGACCGACACAUUAAGCGGCGCAAGGAACUGACAAAGCAAGUCGCCAAACCCUACUUCCGAGAAUGGUCCAACCUCCGUUUCGCAGAGGGUAAGACCUUCGUUUCGAACCCACGUCUAUUCAAAGCAGACCGUGCCCUAUACUUCCCGAACAUGCGCGGUAUCACCCUAGCAAGCCCGAAGGAUCCCCAAGAUACGACGACGCAGCUGCGCGGCAGUAUCAGUGUCGUGAGCUUGUUCUCGAGUCUGUGGGCUGAGAGCCAGGUUGUGACAUUCACUGGACGGGAACAAAACCCCGGGCUCGUGGAAGCCAUGGAAAAAGGUGGUAGAUUGGUGCAAAGGGUCGAUAUAAACCUGGAGGAGAACCGCCUCAAGGCGUUCCUGGUGAAGAGGUUCAUGUGGCGGAUGCGACAGAAGUUGGCGAAGGAGCAGCAUUCGCGCUACUUCCUCGUGGAGAAGGGCUUCGAUCAACCUCUCAAGGAAACUGUUGGCAUGAUGAACUCCAAGGUUGGAUAUGUCUUCCUUAUUGAUUCAGAGUGUCGCAUUCGCUGGGCUGGAAGUGGACCGGCUAAUCCUACCGAGCUGGAGGGACUUAAUGCUGGCGUGCGAAAGCUUGUUGAGGAGAAGAAGGCUGCCCUCGAGGCGCAGGACCCAACUCGCAAAUAUUAA